GCCCAUACAACGUAAAUAAGAGGAGUCUUAGCAAGCGACAACACUUUAUUUUUCCGUAUAUUCGCUCAUAAAGUGUCGAAAUUCAUUGUUCAACGUUUUCACAAAUCGAGACUUUAGUAAUAAAUAAAGUCGGAAAUAUGUUUCGCCUUUUUAUGGUAAUGACGAUGCUCUUUAUGACGACCGACGCACAUUUGCAUAGGAUUUUAUUACACAAGAUUAAUACUACUCUACACUCUUCGGAAAAAUCUGACAUACAAGAAAUUCGUGUGAUAGAUAAUAAUCUUCCUUCAGUAUUUUUGUUAAAUUUUCGAAACGUAGCUCACUAUGGUAUUAUUACCAUUGGAACACCGCCGCAACAAUUUAAAGUGGUAUUUGAUACCGGCACCCCAUAUCUUUGGAUUCCGUCCAAGAAGUGCAACAUCGAUAUUUGUUUAUAUCAUAAUCAAUAUAAUAGUACAAAAUCCAGCACAUAUAUAGCAACUGAUGUUUCGAGUCAUAUAAAAUACAUUAAUAGCAAUGUAGAAGGAUUCCUAUCUAUUGAUACAGUGAAUGUUGCCGGUCUCGAUGUUCAGAAUCAAAUAUUUACAGAAGCGACUAACAUGUCAAAGUAUCCAUUUAAUACUGCACCCUACGAUGGUAUCUUGGGCCUGGGUUAUUCUAUAGCAUCUGUCACUGAUGAAAAAAUAACUGUCUUCGACAAUAUGAUUGAACAAGGUCUAUUGUCAUCACACAUUUUCAGUUUUCAUCUAAAUAGAAACUCUUCAGAAUUAAAUGGUGGCGAAUUUAUAUUGGGUGGUUCCGAUCCUGCUUUUUACAAAGGCGAUUUCACAUAUAUUCCUCUUAGUCGCAAAGGAUUCUGGCAACUUAGCGUAGAUAAGAUCUUAAUAGAAGAUAUAAAUCUCUGCGGGAAAGGCUGUCAAGCUAACAUUGUUACAGGUGAUUCGGCAAUAAUUGGACCAGAAAAACAUAUCCAAUUUAUUAAUAAUAUUGUUAUUGGAACUGUUAAUGUUAAUGGAGAUGAAAGAGUGGACUGCAAUCGAAUUCCUGAAUUGCCUACAAUCAGUUUUAUUUUGAAUGGCAAGGCAUUCAAUCUUACUGGUGAAGAUUACAUUCUUCGGCUCCCAGAGAAUGAUACAUGUAUGAGCAGCUUUGUGGAACGUGACUUGCAUGAAUUCGAUUGGAUUCUAGGCAUUCCAUUUGUUGGCCGUUUCUACAUCGAAUUUGAUAUGGAAAAUGACCGUGUGGGAUUUGCUUUGGCGAAAUAAAUAUUAAUUACUUUCCCUAGCACUUUUUAAAAAUAUGCAUCUUAUAUAAUAAAAAUGUACAUAAUGUGCAAUCAUGUACAUUUGGUGGCAUAUUUUAUAGGUAGAGUCCUGGAUUAAGUAUUUUUUAUUAAAUAUAUUAUUUUUACAUGACUAAUAUAACUUUCAUAAUAAUUCGUAACAAACUUAACAAGAUAUUUAAACGUAUUCGAAAGUGCACAUGUUUAAUUUCUUUUUUAAAAAUCUACAAAAGCAUUUAUAAAAC